AUGUCCCCCGAUAACGACAUCCGCGAUGUUAUCAUUAUUGGAGCAGGACCUUGCGGACUGGGCGUCGCUGCCCGACUCAACGAAGAGACGCCCUCAGCAAUGUUCACUGACGAAGAACAUCAACGAUACCAUUGGAUAAAGAAGCACACGGGACGGAUGAAGCUCGUUCAGGCGCGCCACAGUAAAUUGAACGGGGUACGAGCCGAUAAAUGGAAUGCGGGGAAGGCGUACUCCUGCGUUGGAAAAGAGGAAGAGAAGAAAUCGGAUCCAGAAAGACGAGGGUCUACAGGCUCGGCGUCUUCUGUGCCAUCCCUCUCCUCAUCCGCGUCGACUUCAUCCGAAACAUCUUAUUCCACGCUCGUCUUGGACGGCUCGGGCGACCAGUGGAUGCAGAGGUGGAAUAAUGCGUUCCGCAUGCUUGAGAUUAAGCAGUUGCGAAGCCCCAUGUUCUUCCAUCCCGACCCAGGAGACCGCGAUGGGAUGUUAGCUUAUACGCAGGAAGUCGGGAGGGAAGAAGAUUUGUGGGAGAUCUCGGGGUGUGUUGGCAAGGAAAUGAGUAAGCACAAGAAGAAGAAGAGACGGCAGGGUGGGAAGCAACAGCCCAUCGGCGGUGAAAUCGACGAACGCGAUCGAAAAGACUACUACUCUCCAUCCACGGAGCUUUUCACCGACUAUUGCAACUCCAUCAUCGAGCGAUACGAUCUUGACAAGCCAGGUCAGAUACUGAAGCAAGAAGUCACGGGGAUCAGUUAUGACUAUCUCCCCGAACGUGGGGAUGUACCUGUUUCGAGUUCCAAAGUCUUCACUCUCACUACCUCCACCGGUCAGAAGUUCUACAGCCGAGCAGUGGUACUUGCUAUUGGGGCGGGCGGAGCUGGAAUCUCCAAGAUUUUCCCUUGGAAGCCAACCACGGAGGAAGAAGGCGCUUCGGCAUGCUGUCACAGCAUGGAAAUCAAGUCUUUCCCGAGCCCGAAUGUGCGGAACAAGAUCCAGCGACGGCAGCAGACCAACGUGGUCGUUGUGGGCGGGGGCCUCUCUUCAGCGCAGAUCGUGGAUAUGGCUGUCCGCAAGGGAGUGACGAAAGUGUGGUUUAUAAUGCGCUCUGACCUGAAGGUCAAACACUUCGACAUCAGUCUGCCCUGGAUGGGAAAGUAUAAAAAUUGGGAAAAAGCCGCCUUUUGGUCUGCUGACACAGACGAGGAACGCCUCGAAAUGAUGAAGGUGGCCCGCGGCGGCGGCAGCAUCACACCUCGCUACACCAAAAUUGUAAAGCAACAUGCCGCGCAUAACCGUGCCUCGAUUCAUCCGCGCACGGUGAUCAUCUCGCACAAGUACAAUGCAGACACGCAAACCUGGUCCUUGGUCACCGACCCACAGAUCCCGGAUCUUCCCCCGAUCGACUACAUCUACUUUGCAACAGGGGCACGCGCCGAUGUCCGCGAAAUGUCCCUCUUGAAUGACCUGAACGUUCAAUACCCAGUUGAAGUCAAGGAGGGCCUGCCCUGCCUGACCGAUGAUCUCAUGUGGCGGGAAGAUGUACCACUGUUCAUGACUGGGCGAAUGGCUGCACUACGACUCGGGCCCGGGGCCCCGAAUCUCGAGGGCGCCAGACUGGGCGCCGAGCGAAUCGCUUGGAGCCUGGAGGAGCUCCUCGAGAAGAAGAGGGAGGUUGGGGACCAGGAGCAGUGCGAGGGGUUCUGCGGGCUGGGGAAUCGGUAUGCCUCGCUGGUUGGUGAUGACAGCACGAUUGAAUAG